GGGACACUGUCGCACCUUCGCGAGUUGAAUUCAAGUUAGAGAAUGAGCAAAAGAGCGAAGAAGUGUAUUGAACGCCAGGGCAGGAAACUUGUCGUGAAGUUCGAUGAAGAGUCGAGAAGAGAUUAUCUUCUUGGGUUUCGUCGGAGGAAGGAUGAACGACGAAAGAAGGCUAAGGCGGACAAAGAGAAGAGAGACAAAGAACAGCAACGUCAGAUGAGAGCAGAAAGGCGGAAAGAGUUGAAGAAGCGGUUAGCGGCCUCGGUAGGUAUACUUCCCGAUGUCGACAGCAGUGAUGAUGAGACGGGCAAAGCCGAAUCGAAGAAGGUAGUUCGCUAUGAACAUCAAGAUCACGUGGUGACAGUAACAACUGAGAUGGACCUCGACCUUCAGAGUCACAACAAACUACAACUCGCAGCAAGCAGAGCUCGCAUGCCCGAUCAAAGAACAGAAAAUAAAGCACGAAACAAAAGAAAAAAGUUAGAUCAUACUUGAUUCGGUUUCCAUUUACUUAAUUAAACUAUCUCGAAUUCUUACAGUGUUAGUAUCAUUGUGUACUGAAAUUUUAAUACAAUAGUUGGUGGCAUAUUGUGACAUCAGCCACUAAACCAUUCUGGUAAUAAUAUCAGAGUGGAAUAUAAUGGUCGGUCAUCAGUCAUUGACCAACCAA